AUGAAGCGAGCCAAAGCAGAGACCGAAAAGCUACGUGAGCUUUCUGCCUGCGAGCCAAACGAGCUUGCAUUGUUGCUGGUCAAUGGAGAGCUGUCCUGGAUUGUUGAUCAGUUCGGACCAAAAAGCUCUGCUGAUCAUACAGUGCUAUUGUGCAGACUUGUUCUAGCUGAAGGAGAGCUGGUCGACAAUGUCUUAGAGAAAAAGGUGCCGCUACUCGUGCAAAAAGCUAUCGAUGUCAGUCUUGAAAGACUCAGUGCUCUGCUCUGUGUUAUUUACGAUUACGGCCAGUCUGGACCAAUAUUCCAGUAUUUGGAGAGCGUGGUGGAAAUAAUCAGUCAAAAGCAAACUUUGGCUCUGGACGACGUCAAUUUCGUGGUGCGCAUCACCAAUCACCCAUCCGGCAGACGGUAUUUGAGACAAGCGGGAUUCCUGGCUCAAUUCCAAUCAGACGUUUACUUCGAGCUGCUUUUCUCGUAUAUCUACAAAGAUGCAGAUGUUAGCGAUAGCGCAUUCAAACGUCUCUGUCUGAGCUCUGAGAUCUACAUGUACCGCGAGCUGUUGGAGCUCAGACGUAGCUUUGAAACGUUUGUCAGCGUUGUUGCAAAAAAAACAGUGGAAAGACUCUACGAUGAGUUUGAGCUUCGAUCGUCAAAUAAAGAGUUUUCAGUCUGGCUGGAGGUUGCGCAGCUGGAACCGGCGAGAAGCGUUGCAGACAUUGGCUUCUCGUCUGCUGAGGAGUUUUUGGAGCGCGCCCAGCGGCAACACGAAGCUCAGACAGAACGCGAGCUGCAACAGACCGUUGAUGGAAUUCUUGCACGGGUGAAGCAGGGGAAGAGCAGCAAGUACUGUGUUCCGGUCGAGAAAAUCACUGUGCAGGAAGUUCUUGGGGGACUUCUAAACGACAAUGUGAGAUGCGAUGCUAUACUGAACACCAAAGAACAGCAGGGAUCUAAGGAUUGGGCUACGGACGGUGUGUUCUACAGUGGUAAAAUUAUUCCUUUCAAAGUGGAAAAGGAGGAAAUGCGCAAGGGUGGAUUUUCUAGGCUUUCAGUUAUUGUGGACGCGCAAUACAGAGCGGACCUUGCCAGCGUCAAAUAUGCCAUUAGGGCUGGUCGCGAGGUUCGCAAUCUCAAAGUCCAGUUUCCAGCUUGGAUGGAUCAACUCUUUUCUAAACAUGAAUCCGAGCAGAGCAAGAAACGAAAAGAGUCUAACAUUACCAUUAUCGCCGGACCCACCUGUUCAGGAAAAUCAGUGAAGGUGAGUAAGCUGAUAAAAUCUUCCAAUGGCAGGGUGCUCGUGGUAGCAAGAAGCAAAAAGAGCUUUGAUGCGCUAGACGUCUCUGUGGGCCAUUAUGUUGAGUAUGAUGAAGCACUGGCGAAUGUGAAGAAGCUUGCGGCCUCAUUGGAUACCGAUCCGGAAGACGUUUAUGAUUUUCAGUCGGCGUAUGCGUUUUACAAAAACGUGCUGGAGCCCAGGUGGAUGAAUUUUUCUCAGAGUCCUGCAACGGAUUAUCCCUUUGGUGAGGUUGAAAAACCUCUUGAGCACUACAACUCAAUCCUAAAUCUCUUCCACCAACUGGAACUCGCUCAUAAAAUAAGGCACUACCCAAAUGCUCGCUAUUUUGGACAAAAUCUAACUUUUUUAACAUUUGACGAAAUCAAAGAAAACACACGGCUGAAAUACGACCAGCUUUUUAUUCUCGAUGCCUCAUUAUUCAGUGCUUACGAGUUCUGCACUAUAUUGGCAACAAACACAGUUUCAUUGAAGUCACUCACGGUUGCUGGAAAUCCACUGGUCUCCAGAACCCAGUCCCUUCUCACCCUGCUACCAUCUGCCAACUAUCUCACGGUCCUGCACAAUAUUCGCCCUGAGCUUGCUCAAUUUGCGCCUGGAACAGCCUUAGAAACUUCUUUGGAGAUUGCCAAUCCUGGAAUCAAGGACGCAUGUCAAUUCGUAACCGUGAAUACCACCGAGUCGCCAGCUGGCAACGGCUUCCAAAAUCUAGAGGAAGCGGAAUACUGCGCGCUGUUGUUCAUAUAUAUGGCUCUGCUGGGAUACCCGGAAAAGGAAAUGGCCAUAUUGACGGCUUACCCCGAGCAGAAGGCCCUGGUCAAUGAAAUAAUUGCCAUAAAGACCGCCAAAUUGGGAAUCAACGCAUCUGCUAACGUCCUGGUAGCAACAGAGAAAAAUGGCGGAAAGUACAGGUAUCUACUUAUUUCCUUGGUCAGAACCACCUCCACAGACAUAUGGACGAAACCAUCCAUCUCUAUAGGCGCCAUACAGUUGGCAACACAUGGAUUGUAUGUUUUCGGGCAGCGGAAAACUUACACCAAAACCCUAUUCAGCUUGCUACCAUCGGCUUCGCUGCGUCUGGCUGCUACAGAAAAGUACGAAUCAUGUACCCGGAAAGUGUCGGAUACCUUGACAAACAGUGCAGUGAUGAAGUCUGUGCCUCAGCUAGAGAAGCUGGUCUCUCAUUUGGCUUCGCAAAAAUAA